UCAUCCGGGCGCGCCCCCGGGCCCCCCAGGAUGGUGGCGGGCGCGUUCCCGCUGGCCAAGCUGCUGACGCUGGGCGCGCGCCAGCUCAGCCGCCCGCUGGCCGCGCGCAUCAAGGCGGGGGCGCGCGCCUCGCCCUUCUUCCGCACCUACAUCUGCCUGCCCCCCGCCCAGCUUUACCACUGGGUGGAGAUGCGCACCAAGAUGCGCCUGCUGGGCUUCCGGGGGGCGCAGGUGAAGCCCCUGAACGAGGAGGCGGCGGCCGAGCUGGGCGCCGAGCUGCUGGGCGAGGCGCUGGUCUUCGGCGUCGGGGGGCUCUGCCUCUACCUGGAGUACCUGCGGCAGGCGGGGCAGGGCCGGCGGCGCGAGGAGCAGCUGGAGCGCGCCCUGGCCGAGCUCCGGGCGGGGCUGGAACGGCUGGAGGCGGAGCUGGAGCGGCUCCGGGGGCGGGGCCGCGAGGGACACGCCCAGGGUGGGGAGGGACACGCCCAAAAUGGGAAUGGACACGCCCAGGGCGGGGCGGGGAGUGGGAUGGGUGGGGCGGGACACGCCCAGGGUGGGGGCUGGACACGCCCAGGGUGGGGCGGGACACCGCCCAGGGUGGGGAGGGACACGCCCAAAAAUGGGAAUGGACACGCCCAGGGCGGGGCGGGGGAGUGGGAUGGGUGGGGCGGGGACACGCCCAGGGUGGGGCUGGACACGCCCAGGGUGGGGCGGGACACGCCCAGGGUGGGGAGGGACACGCCCAGGGAAACUCAGGACACACCCAAAAUGGAGGAUACGCCCAAAAUGGAGGAGGACACGCCCAAAGUGGGGAGGGACACGCCCAAAAUGGAAAUGGACACGCCCAAAGCCACGCCCCCGCGCAUUAAAGCCUUGCUGUGA